AUGAGAUUCGAGGGUCGGUUCUACCAGAAGACGACGGCGGAUUCCUCUCGGCCAGCUGUCGAUUGGCUUUACUGGAACAUUCAUGCUGACGCUGUUUCCGAGGCAACCUCCUUCGAUUACGGUGAAAAGGUGCUAAGCUUUUGUCUGUCACAUGACGACCAUCACCAGAGCAAGGUAUCAUCGUCACAACCAAAUUCAAGCCAACGUCGUUUGGAUGUAUUAUAG